GGGCCGCCGUGGCGGGAGAAGCGCUUCCGGUGGCGGCGGAGGCGGCGCUGAGCGGGUCCCGAGAGCGGCGCGGGCGGUGGCCGGGGGGGAGCGUCCAGGACAAUGUCUGGAGAACUUCCACCAAACAUUAACAUCAAGGAACCUCGAUGGGAUCAAAGCACUUUCAUUGGACGAGCCAAUCAUUUCUUCACUGUAACUGACCCCAGGAAUAUUCUGUUAACCAACGAACAACUAGAGGAUGCAAGGAAAGUAGUGCAUGAUUACAGGCAAGGAAUUGUUCCUCCGGGUCUCACAGAAAAUGAGUUAUGGAGAGCAAAGUACAUCUAUGAUUCAGCUUUUCAUCCCGACACUGGUGAAAAGAUGAUUUUGAUAGGAAGGAUGUCAGCUCAGGUUCCAAUGAACAUGACCAUCACAGGUUGUAUGAUGACAUUCUAUAGGACCACACCGGCAGUGCUGUUCUGGCAGUGGAUCAACCAGUCCUUCAAUGCCGUGGUCAAUUACACCAACAGAAGUGGAGAUGCUCCCCUCACUGUAAAUGAAUUGGGAACAGCUUAUGUUUCUGCAACAACAGGUGCUGUAGCAACAGCUCUAGGACUCAAUGCAUUAACCAAGCAUGUCUCUCCGCUCAUAGGACGGUUUGUUCCCUUCGCUGCGGUAGCUGCUGCUAAUUGCAUUAAUAUUCCAUUAAUGAGGCAAAGAGAACUCAAACUUGGCAUUCCUGUCACAGAUGAAAACGGGAACCGCCUGGGCGAGUCGGCAAACGCUGCCAAACAAGCCAUCACGCAAGUAGUCGUCUCCAGGAUCCUUAUGGCAGCCCCCGGCAUGGAUGAGGAAAACAGAAAACUGAGGCUCAGAGAAGUGUUUUCCAGGAUCACCCAGCUAGCAAGUGGUCUGCGUGACUCAAAGCAGGAAUCUUUAUACUGGACUCUACGUGGGAUGGACACCCCGGGAAGGCUGCAUUUGUUUCAUUGCCAUCCCUCCAUUUAUCAUGAACACUUUGGAAAAGAAAGCCUUUCUCAAGAGGUUCCCAUGGAUGAGCGCGCCUAUUCAAGUUGGAUUAGUUGGCUUCUGUUUGGUAUUUGCUACACCUCUGUGCUGUGCUCUGUUUCCUCAGAAAAGUUCCAUGUCUGUGACAAGCUUGGAGGCCGAGCUGCAAGCCAGGAUCCGAGAGACCCAUCCUGAAUUACGGCGCGUGUACUUUAACAAGGGAUUAUAAAGUAGGGAAAGAAACAUCUUCAGAGGAUCCUACCAACUGCAAGUGUGGUGUAGCCAAGUUGGUAAGGAAUAUCCUGGUCCUGGUCGACCGGUGACAGAAACCUUUUAACGAUGCACAUUAGCCUUUUAGAGUCAAGCUGCUACUUAUAGCACAGCACAUGGGGUGGCCUCCCCUUACAUUUGAAUCAUGGUAUAAUUUACAGAAACACCCUUCCUGUAGCUUUUAUAGUCACUGUUUUUUCAAAGACAAUAUCCCAACCCUCACCCAGAGUUUUCAAAAGCACCGCUAGGCAUAGAGUAGAUGUUCAGUAUACUGACUGUCAGUCAUUGAAAAGGAAAUCUGUUUAAAAUACUGAAUUUUUAUCCUGCUCUUGUUUCAAAUCAAGGAGAGCUCAGUAGUGAGUUGAGAAAACACAAAAGCUCUGAAGCUAAACUGUAAAAGAAAAUGACUCAUAAAUAUUAAGGACAGUUUACUUUCCUGCCCAGUUCAGGCUGGAGGCGACCUGAAGUAGAUGAUGAAUUCUUUACAUUGUAGGAUAAAAGCUCCUUCAUACACCUCCCGGAAGUCAGAGUGAUAGACAAUUGUGAAAGGUCCCUGCUGUCAACAGCUGUGUGCUUUCGUAUUGCUGGUGGAUUUCUUCGGUUGAGUUUGAAAUUUAUUCUAUUUUACAUUCUUAUGAAGAUAUCAAUCUUACCUUGCACUUGUUGACUUUAUAUUCAAUCAUUUGAAUCAACUAAUCAAAUAACGGAAAUGCACAAAUGUCAAAUUUUGGAAGUAUAUUCGAAACCAACGCUGUAUGACUGGGUUGAAUCUGACGUGUUUGAUUUUUAUAUUUUUCCUUUUUUUUUGCGGUACACGGGCCUCUCACUGUUGUGGCCUCUCCCGUUGCGGAGCACAGGCUCCGGACACGCAGGCUCAGCAGCCAUGGCUCACGGGCCCAGCUGCUCUGCGGCGUGUGGGAUCUUCCCGGACCGGGGCACGAACCCGUGUCCCCUGCAUUGGCAGGCGGACUCUCAACCACUGUGCCCCCAGGGAAGCCCGAUUUUUUUUUUUUUUUAGAAGCGAGAGAACAGUUCCAUCUGCCUACAUGUCUUUUCUUGUCAUCCUCGUAGAUCUCUUUGGCUUUCAGAAAGAUACGGAAAUAAUGUGUAUGUGAAUCAAUGACUCAAUGAGUUUUACUUGAAUGUUGUAUAUUACAUUCCACCCUGUUUGAAAAUAAUGAACCCGUGGACCACUGUUUACAUCAUCUGUAGUAGCUUCACAUAUAAUAUAUUUAAUGUUAACAGAUUAUGUUUCAAUUCUGUAGAGGUUCAAAGGCAUAUGUGAGGUGGUCAUUUCACUGAGUGUAGACCACUCAUUUCAAUUUGUAAUUCAGAGACUUAUAAGUGGAAAAAAAAAUGUAGAAACUAGUUUGGGCAAAUUUUUCCUGACAAUGUGACCAGACUGAAUUUCCUCAUAAAGAAAAAAUUGUGUGCCUCGUG